AUGUUAGCCACGUAUCUAUUUCAAAUUGAAUUUCACCUAAAAUCUUGUCAGAAUUUAAUCAAAGAUUCUACUCGAAAUGAUAUUCCACAUAGAGAAUUUGUCGAAAAGACUCGAUCGUUUGUUUUUGAAUUAAAAACUAUUCUUGAUUCACUUGAUACAACUUGUCAUGAACAAAUUGAAAAAAUGAAUGCUCAGUUUUCUAAUGUUGAAUUUGUAUGUCGAAAAUCAAAUGAUGCUAUAUCAAGAGAUCCUGGUCCUGGUUCUGAAAAGGCUGAUCUUGCUUGGAUUAAAACAGGACUUCAAUCUUGGUCAAAAAUGAAAGGGAAAGGAAAAGGAAAAGGAAAAAAAGGAAAAUUGGAACAACAUUUCACAUCAUCUAGCCACAUGGCAUCGAUGUAUCGUUUAUCUGUUUUCAAAAACAAACAUUUAAAUGUCGAACAUUUAAUAGAUGCAAAUCAUAGACUUGCAUGUCAAAAAGAAGAAUCAAUCUUUCAAAUAAAUAAAAAAAUUAUUGAAACAUUCUUCGACUGUACAUUAUUUUUGACUAAACAAGGUCUUGCAUUUCGUCGUGAUCCUCAAGAACAUGGUAAUUUUAUUCAACUUAUUAAUUUAUUACGUCGUCAUAAUCCACUACUGAAUUCAUGGUUUAAUGACAAUAAAUUUAAAAGUCAUCAUGUAACCUACACGAGUGCUCGUAGUCAAGAUGAAUUUAUAGAACAGAUUGGUACUUAUCUUAUUCGUUUAAUUGUUUCAACAAUUAUUCGAUAUGUUGAUAAUGAUUUGAAUAUAUAUGAACGUGUUAUUGCUUUGAAAGAAUUGCCCACAAAAACUGGUCAAGCUAUAUGUGACUUUAUUCUCACUAUACUUCACGAUUACCAAAUUUCAACUGAUUGGUUAGUUGGUCAAUGUUAUGAUAAUGCACCGAAUAUGUCAGGUUGUAGACGUGGAGUUCAAAAUUGUAUGAAAAUUGCACUUAAACGUGAUAUUAUUCAUGUGCCAUGUGGUGGUCACUCAGCAAAUCUUGGUGUAAAACAUGGUUGUGAAUGUUCAACGGAAUACAUUCGUUUUUUCAAUUUAAUCGAAGAAAUCUAUAAUUUCCUCACUAGCAGUAUCAAUCAUUAUCAUACAUUUCGAACUCAAAUUAAUUCAUCAACAUCAGCUGUAACCGUAAAAAACUUAUCAAUCACCCGAUAUCGUAUUGAUGAUAAAGUUAAUACAAAUGAAAAAAUUACACCAGAUGAUCGAAAAACAAAAGAACAAAGCAUUAAUUUACAAAAAGCUAUUUUAUCAUUUGAAUUCAAUUUGCUAUUAAAUUUUCUAAAUCAAGUAACAAGACAAACUCAAACUCUCACCGAACAUCUGCAAAAGAAAUCUCUUGAUCUUGUUACUGCAUCUCAUCUUCUUUUUAAUACAAAUAAAGUGUUAAUGGAAUGGAGAAAUGACGAUUUAUUUUUACAAAAUCUUAUUAAGAAAUGUGAUGAUCAAGCAUUACGUAAUGGUGUCGAUAUUGAAAAUGAAUUUGCUCGACAUCAUCAUCAACGACCACGUUCUGUGAAGAUUGAUUCGAAUUCUAAAACUGGUAUUCAUUUGAAUCGUAUUGAAUAUUACGUGAAGUUAAUGCGUGAAAUUUUGGACUAUUUAGUUGUUUCAUUAUCUGAAUACUACAAGCUAAUUGAAGAAAAACUUCAACAUUUCUGUAAUAUCUUUCCUGGUCGUGUAAAUCAAUUAACUCUUGAUAAUGCUAAGAAAAUUUGUGAAAUUGUGCCCGGUAUUUUGAGUCCUGAACUCUUAUACUCAGAAUUACAGCUGUUGAAAAAUGACAUUGAUAGUUGUACUGAAAUGACCGAACUUAUCAAUAAAAUUAAAAUAAUUCGACAUGGAUAUCCAAAUACUACACGUAUUUAUCAAUUUCUUCUUGCAUUACCAAUAACUGUUGCGACAAAUGAACAUUGUUUUUCGAAAUUAAAAUUGAUUAAAAACAAGUUACGGUCAACAUUAAUGCCUGACAAAUGGAAUGGUUGA